AUGAGUCGUAGCACUAAGACUACGAUUACUUCUUCUUCAGUUGUUGGAGGUGGCGGUGGAGGACGUAGCUCUAGUGGAGGUGGUGGUGGGCAUUCUUCAAGCUCCACUAGAAGGAUAACCAGUGGUGGAAGCUUUUCUGGUAGAAGUUAUGGUGGAGGAGGUUCCAGAUGUGGUUAUGGAGGGGGAAUAAGCAGUGGUGGUUAUGGAGGAGGAAUAAGCGGUGGCAGUUGUGGAGGGGGAAUAGUUGGUGGUGGUUAUGGAGGGGGAAUAAGCGGUGGCAGUUGUGGAGGGGGAAUAGUUGGUGGUGGUUAUGGAGGGGGAAUAAGCGGUGGCAGUUGUGGAGGGGGAAUAGUUGGUGGUGGUUAUGGAGGGGGCUUUGGAUCAAGUUGUGGCUUCGGGGGAUUUGAUGGCGGUUACGGAGGUGGCUUUGGUGGCUUUGGUGGAGGUGGUGGUUUUGGUGGUGAUGAUACUGGCAUCCUCUCCAACAACGAAAAGAUAACCAUGCAGAACCUUAAUGACCGCCUGGCUUCUUACCUGCAUAAGGUGCGAGCUUUGGAAGAAGAAAAUGCUAAUCUUGAGAAUUUAAUCAAGGAAUGGUAUCAGAAGCAAGGUCCAAUUGCUACAUUAAAGGACUACAGUCGCUAUUAUAAAGAAAUUGAAGACCUUAACAAUCAGAUUGUUAAUUCAUCUGUGGAUCUUAACAAGGCCUUUCUGAACAUUGAUAACACUAGGAUGACUAUUGAUGACUUUAAACUGAAAUAUGAAACUGAACUGGGCCUCCGCCAGAAUGUGGAGAGUGAUAUUAAUGGCUUACGCCCCCUGUUGGACCAACUGACCCUAACCAGGUCUGACCUGGAGAUACAGUUUGAAUCCCUGACGGAGGAACUGAUUUCUCUCAAGAAGAACCACGAGGAGGAAAUUAAAGGACUGCACCCACAGACCAGUGGUGAUGUUAAUGUGGAGGUCAAUGCUACUCCAAGCUUUGAUCUGACAGAAACACUAAAUGACUUGAGAAGAGAAUAUGAGCAAAUCAUUGAGAACAACCGUAAAGAGGUGGAAAAAUGGUAUGAAACCAAGAUUGCAGAAGUUAAUCACGAAGUCCACUCGAGUGGUCACGACAUAGAGUCAAGCAACAAACAGGUCACAGAGCUGAGACGUGAAUAUCAGAACGUGGAAAUCGAGCUGCAGUCCCUUCUCAGCACGCUACAGUCUUUGCAGUCCUCCUUGGCUGACACAGAAGGUCGCUACAACGUACAGCUGCAACAGCUCCAGACUCUUAUUGUCUCUGUGGAAGAAGAACUGGCAAGUAUCCGAUGUGAAAUAGAUAAUCAGAAUCAAGAGUACAGGCUGCUCCUUGGCAUCAAGAACCAGCUGGAACAGGAGAUCGCUCAGUACCGGCAUCUACUUGAUGAAGGAAAUCAAGACAUUAGUGUUCCACGAGGAGGAGGUGGCUUUUCUUCAGGAGGAGGAAGAGUCAUUGGAGGUGGAGGAUCAGGAGGCAGAACUGGAGGAAGUAGCAUUACUUAUGGAAGUAGCACAGGGGGAGGAAGAGCAGGAAGUAUCACUGUCAGUGGAGGAUCAGGCGACAGAACUGGAGGAAGUAGCAUUACUUAUGGAAGUAGCACAGGGGGAGGAAGAGGAGGUGAAAGAAGAGGAUCAGGAAGUAGAACAGAAACAAGAGAAAGUAGUAUCCAUUAUACUGGAGGUAGCACAGUAAGAGGAGGUGAAAUUUGCCCAGGGGAUGGAACAGGAGGAAGAUCAUGUGGUAUAACUGGAGGAGGAGAGAGAAUUUCAGGAGGUAGUAGUAGUUCUACCCACUCCUAUUCAUCUACCCAUGGCCACUCAUCUUCUCAGCCAUCCAAGUCUGGUGAAAUCCACGGAUACUCAAGAAAAUCCUUUGAUUAACCAGACAUGUCGACGAUCCUCCAGCCAAACACCAUCCAUUUGAGCAAACUUCAGACAAAGUUAGAGUGAACUCACCACAUUUCCUGCAUGC